AAGCCAUCUCACAGCUACAUAGGCCUCAUAGCAACUGCUAUCUUGCAGUCGACAGAUAAAAAAUUGGUCCUAGGCGAAAUCUACCAGUGGGUCCUGGAACGUUACCCUUACUUCAGAACACGAGGAUCUGGGUGGAGAAACAGCGUCAGGCACAACUUAUCCCUGAAUGACUGCUUCAUCAAAGUGGGCAGGUGCAACUCAGGGAAGGGGCACUAUUGGGCUGUCCACCCUGCUAACGUAGAGGACUUUUUAAUGGGGGAUUUUAGGAGGAAAAAAGCCCUGAAAAAG